AUGUGUCGGGGCGGGCGAGUGCUCGCUGCCCCGGGAAGGUUGAUCGGUAGCACCUUCCUCGCUCGCUCGCUCGCUCCCAGAGCGGGGAGAAGCCGCAGGUGCGCCGUGCCCGCGGUCUGGGCCCGAGGGCGCCGCUGCCCCCUCAGCCGCCCGCGCGCCAAGAUGCCAGUUUGCAAUGGGUCUUAAAACCUUCUGGAAGGACAACAAAGUUCUGAUUGUUAUGGGAGCUAGCCUGGGACUAGUGCACUGGGGCUGGUAUUACUUGAAGUCCAGUCCUGUUUUCCAGGUGAAGACAGAGGAUUAUGAUCCAGAACGUGAAAUUCUGACAUUCAUGAUGCAAAGCGCUCGCAAAAGUAAAGAGAAAUAGCAUUAGUACUUUGAUUUUUAGGUAUAACUAAGCUUGAAGGUUUUCAUCUGUUACUGUUGCCAGAAAAGAUGAAGAAAACUACCUGGAGUAGAAAGAACUUUCUGCUUGUAGCAGGACUGUCACUUAUAGGUGUCCAUAUAGGAAGCAUGCUUGUGAACUUUGUUGCAAAAAAGUCUGCUCAAUCUCAUCCAGAAGCUAAAAGAGAUCGUCCGGAAUGAAAUAGAUUCCUGCUGUGACUGUUUAUGUUUUGCAACAUGAUUUAAGCCUCGUUUUAAGAGAGCUGUGAUCAGUAGUUUCAGGAAUGCUGUAUAUACUGUUUCACACUGCAAAUAAUAAUCCUUGCCUGCAAAGAAUUAAAAUGUGCUACUCUUAAAAUUUAAAAGUGCAAUGAAUUAUAGAUCCAAGUAAAAAAAAGUGAAAUGUUUUUUUGGCUAGAAUUAAAAUUUUACCUUCAAAAUGU